CCGUUGAACUUGUGCGUGUGUCGCUGUCCGUGCCACGACUCGCCGUCUCUUGUCCAUCUUGUGGAGAAGACAGAAGCAGAGCGCCGCGCUGUCAUUCCACACAAAACCAAGAGGCGCAGAUCACAUGCACAUGUUUCCUCUGCCUCCUCUCGUCCUCUGCUUCUCACCGUCGAGGCUGUGAGGCGCUCUGUCUGCGCUCUGUCUGCUCACUGCACGCCUGUAAGAUCUCGCGAGAGCUCCGGCGUUGGCUGGGGCUGGCCGUGGCUUUGCAGCAGACAGAGGGAGAAGGCAGGCAGGCAGCAUCAUGGCGGACAGAGACAGUGGAAGUGAGCAGGGAGGAGCAGCCACGGGCCCAGGCUUCGGUUCCAUGCACCUAGCGACAGGAGGGGCGGGCUCGGCUUCCGGGCUCCAGCACGAGACGCAGGAGCUGGCGUCGAAGCGAGUUGACAUCCAGAACAAACGCUUCUAUCUGGACGUGAAGCAGAACGCAAAAGGCCGCUUCUUAAAGAUAGCUGAAGUCGGGGCCGGUGGAAACAAGAGCCGCCUCACUCUCUCCAUGUCCGUGGCGGUCGAGUUCCGCGACUACUUGGGGGACUUCAUCGAACACUAUGCCCAGCUGGGUCCGAGCAACCCGGGCAUGGUACAAGACGAGCCCCGGCGAGCGCUCAAGAGCGAGUUCUUGGUGCGAGAGAAUCGGAAAUACUACAUGGAUCUGAAAGAGAACCAGAGGGGACGCUUUCUGAGGAUUCGACAGACCGUCAACCGGGGGCCCGGUUUGGGAUCCACGCAAGGCCAGACCAUCGCUCUCCCUGCCCAAGGACUUAUUGAGUUUCGUGACGCGUUGGCUAAACUUAUUGACGAUUACGGCGUGGAGGACGAUCCUGCCGAACUGCCCGAAGGCUCGUCAUUGACUGUGGACAACAAGCGCUUUUUCUUUGACGUCGGGUCCAAUAAGUACGGCGUGUUCAUGAGGGUAAGCGAGGUGAAGCCGACCUACCGCAACUCAAUAACGGUGCCCUACAAAGUGUGGUCCAAAUUUGGGAAUACUUUCUGUAAAUAUGCCGAGGAGAUGAAGAAGAUCCAGGAGAAGCAGCGCGAGAAGAGAGCGUGCGAGCUGCAUCAACAAGAGGAGAUGCAGGCGGACGAUGGAGACGAGGAUUGAUACGGAGAGCCCGAGGGAGGAAAUCACGAAAACAGAUGCAAGAGUAAUGAAAAUAACAAGAGAAAUUAUAAUGAUGAACUCUACUGUAUAAAGAAAGAAAUCUAAAGAUUUAACUGUAAUGGUUUAACUCCAAGGGAGCAUCACCCACAAUAUAAGAAACCUCCACAACCUGACAGUUCUGACAUGUUGUCACUCAUCGCUGGAUGUUACCCCACUUAUCCACCAUUAAUACAGUUAACAGGCUGCUAAACAAAGUAAUAACAUUAUAUUUGAACAUUGUUUCCUACUUGACAAACAAUAUUGAACUGAGUGUUUAUUUCCCUUAUUAACUGAAAACUUUUGUACCAGUUAAAGCUAUUGUAAAAAAAAACAAACAAACAAAAGAACGGUGUUUGCAAUGUUCAAAUGGAAUCAUCGCCGAGUUCCAGUGAGAUUUCCAUGUGAGCUAAAGACUUCAGCACAAAUCAGACCUUUUCAGUUUUCAACCAAAUUAGGAACUCUUUGUGAAAGGUUGUCACAUGUUGGUCAUCUUCUGAACCUGAGUACAGUGAGUGCACAUGUGUUUCCACAUGAAUCACGAGGGCUAGGCCUGUUGUCACACUCACACACUCUCAAAACACUGCAAAAGGAAUAAUAACGUAGGCUGAGAAGUGCAAUAUGCAUCGCAGAAAACAAAUGAAUCACAUAUAUAUAUAUAUAUAUAUAUAUACUGAAGUGAUCAGUGGAUCUUGACAUGAUGACAUUUGCCAGAGGCAUUCAAAGAAAUAUUAAUAUUGUAAUUAUUGUUUCAGUUGAACUUGUUGCCAUGCAGAUGGAUAUAUUGUAGACUACCUUUUUGUCUCGUUGUUGAUGCAAUGUGUUCAUUUUAAAAAGGUACUAAAUGUGUAUUUGAUAGAAGAAGUGCAGUGACAACAUGUAGCAAAUGGCCUGAAUUGCACAUUAACAUCCACUCAUCCUGUGUCUGAUUUACUUUGAUGGUGUGGAGAGAAAACGGAGGCAAACGUCAGGUGAGCGUCAUUGGUCAGAACACGGGAAACCUUGCUGUCGUCAUUGUUCAGUCAUCAAAGUCUAAAUGGUGCCAAGGAGCGCUGUUGCUGCAUGUUCAUCUGCACUAAGAUAGAUUUCGUUGGUCUCCCAAAAUAUUGGCUCAAGGACCCUCCUCCAAAUGCAUUGUACCAAUCUGAAGUCUGAGUCCACAGUGGAUUCACCCACGGUCUCCGUGUAAUUAUCCUGUGAGUGGUUUCAUCUCCAUUUUGAAAAGAGCGAUCUCACAAACUUGUAUUUAGCGUCUCGCCGCCGCUCUUUGAGGAGGAACAUUGAGGAGCAUGCCUGGAUGAGCCAACAUGAAGAGAAGUCCCUUCUCAGCUGUUGGUCAAGUGCCAGCGAUGUGUCAGUGUGUCCGUCCUGCGGUCAGUGGGGCGUCUCUGGACACGCACUCGUAGCUCUACUUUAGAUCUGUAAGCCCAAAUAUCCACGUGGGUGUGGGUGAGAUUCUUGUUUUGGUCGAAUUGUAAAUAUUUGGGCUGCCACACGGAAAACGACUGGUACUGGUCCAGUUCACUCGCAUCUCAUAGAUGUGUGAUAGCACUUUUAUAAACUCCAGAGAAACUGGCAACAAUCAGAUAAUGUCAGAUUUACCUCAGCAUUGAAUUCAAUGACUGCUCCCGUGUUUAGAUUGACUGGAAACCAGCAAACGACACUGUCCUUGACCACCUAUUUUUGGAGCCUGUGAUUGGGAGCAUCCUCUUCAGCAUAGAAACAACCUGGUGCCUUACACACUCCGCAUGCUUACACGCUGGCCUGGUGCUUUGGAUCGCCGUUUGGCUUCUAUUUCCCAUUGUUUCCUCCAUUCUUCCGUUCUGUUGGUGUCUCAGCCCCUUGUGUGCUAGCGCACGACUCGUGGUGCUAAAAGUCUUUUUUUUUACAAACUCUUACAAAAGAAAAGAAAAAAAAGGAGGAGCAGGAUUCUUAACUUCUCUCUGCUACCUUCCUUCUCCCCUAAUGUCAUUGCCAUUCCCGUUUCCCAGCCAUCCAGGUGUCGGCCUACAUGUAAACAUGGACGGGGGGGGGCCCGGCGGCGGCGGCGGCGGCGGUCACCGAGUGCUGAUGUGGUCACUGAUGGGAACAUCUUUAGUGUCGUGGUUGUCGCCUGUAGAAGAGCUCCUCCGCUGGCUUGGGCAGUUUAACGUGUAAGUUGUAAGUUGCUCAGUUAAUGGGGAGUAGCAAGCAUGUCUUUUUUUUAAGUGUAGUUUUACCUUUUCAGCAUUAUUCCACAUUAUUUGUAAUUCUGGAAUGUUUUCGCCCACAAAAAAAGAUCUAUUUUUUUCUGUGCAACAUUUCAUCACUGUGUGCAAUAUCGUAUGUGCCAAUGGUGGCAAUAUAUGUAUAUCAAUUAAAUAUAUGAUUACUAUUUGAAAGCAUGUGGCUGAAUUCCAUGUUUAUUUCUCAUGAAGGAGUUGUAUAUGCCUUUAUUUGCACUCUUAACUCCAUCCUGGAGGAAAAUAUAGUAAACCAAGAUCUGAUCAACCUGUUGUGUGGAGCAGUGGAUGAACGCUGGUGACCUUGGCUCAUGGUUGUUGAAAGUAUAAACUAUAAUCAAUGAAGUUUUUGUGAAAAAGAAAACUUAAAACAUUUCCAUUUUAGCUUCAAGCUAAGAAAAGGUGCUUCUGUCCAAUCCUCAUUACGAUGUACGGUGAACUGUCCUCAGUGGUUGUUGUGUGUAGCACUUUGCUUUCCCAGGUUAAACUAACCUGACCAAUACUUGUUUAAAAUGAUCUGAAAAAAAAAGAAAAAAGAAUGUUUUUCUCUUCUUCUGUUGCCUCUUUUUAAAAGAGCGUAUUUUGAUUUCUUUUUCUUUUUCAUUUGGUUUUGAUGCAUCAAAUAUAAUUUAUGUACAUUUGACAAAUUUUAAAAUAAAUUUAAUUUACCCACAAGGGAAAAUCUUCAUUUACAUCUAUGUGUUUUUUCAUGUUACAUUUCUUGUUCCUAAAAGGUCUACAAUUCAUGGAUGAAAAUAUGUUGAAUUCUUAUGUAGUGUUGUCUGAAAUGUCUGACUCUACAUUUGCAAUGGUGUUACUUACAAAAGCUUAAUUUUACAGCCUUUAAAAUGCUAACUUUGCAAGGAGAAGAACCUGUUGAAUCACGUCUUCAUAGAGAUUUGACAUUAGUACUGUAUGUAUAACACCAGGCUGUAAAAUAAAGCAUUACUUUGGUCUCUAA